AAAUUUUGAAUCUGCAGCGGCACAUAAUGAACAAGCUACACAGUAUUGAGAGCACGCUGGAAUCUCAACCGACCGGCGGUGGCGAGCCCAGCUUUAUCGAGCAUUCGGACGACGAUUCGGCACAUUCACCUAUCCCGUUCAAUCUGCCAAACACGAUCGAUGAAGCCAGCGAACCUAACUACGCAGCUGCGCAACAAAACGGAACGGCCCACAUCAAUUCGGAAGAGGUGCAGUUAUUCAGCUUCACGCGGAUGGAGAAGGCAGAGGAGUUGAACGAAUUCGACAGACGCCUCGCUGACGCCGAAUAUUUUAAGGAAACGUACAACUGGCUUAAUUCACUCAUCACAGAAACGAACUGCGCCAACCGUAUGCUGGUAGCGCUCGAUCUACUAUUCGACAAGGUGUUUGUGAACAAGUGCAGCUGGACCGGUAGGGGUAAGGGUAACAGCAGAAAGGUGCCGCUAAGAUGUCGCCGAAACUUGCUGCAUCUGUUUAAAGUUAUAGGAAGCACGCGCCGGGCCAGCGUUUCGCGGUCCGACGUGGAAGACUUUUUCAUUAAAAAGCUGAAGCAAUCCAAACAGCGGCUAAACUUGCAAGGAAUUCGCAAGGCCACGUGUCACGUGAAAAGAACGCAACUAAGCUAGGCUUUGCUAUAAAGUAGGAAUUUGUACAAAAUAACAUAGAUGAAUAAAAUAUAUUGCAUAAUGUAA